CUUUCCCUCUCUUUAAAAAAACCCUUCAAAGUUCCCUUUUUUUACCUUACACCAUGAGAAAACUCCAUUCCUUCUCUGCUUUUCUGGGUUUCAUCUUCUUGCUUCACCUUGUUCUUGCUGUUCUUGUUGAUUCAUACGAUGGGCCUUUAUACGAUUACACAGCUUACACUGAGUGUAAAUUACGUCCAGAGAAGCCACUUUACAAUGGAGGAAUCCUUAGAAAUCGACCCUCCAUUCUCCAAAACACUGGGAGCUCUUCAGCUGCUGCCUAUUCCCCUGCAUUCCUCUUGCGUAAUCUCACGGACCAUACCUUUUAUUCCUUUUCAAGUUGGGUGAAGGUAGGAGGAGCGGUUUCAAGUGUUGUGAGGGCAAGCCUCAGGACUGAGAAUGAUACUCACAAUUGCAUAGGCACUGUUUUGGCUAAGCGUGGCUGUUGGUCUUUUCUCAAAGGUGGAUUCUUUCUGAACUCGCCUUCGAAUUUCUCUAUUCUGUUCUUUCAGGUUUUUGAUGAUGGAGAUGCUAAUAUAGCCAUUGAUAGCGCUUCUUUACAGCCGUUUACUGAAGAAGAGUGGAGGGUUAAUCAAGAACUCAAGAUCAAUACUGUGAGGAAACGAGCUGUGACAGUUCAUGUCUCUGAUAAACAAGGAGGGAGGUUAGAAGGAGCAGUAAUUCAUGUAAAACAAAUCUCCAAAGACUUCCCAUUUGGCUCUGCCAUUGCAAAAACCAUCAUAGGAAACUUACCUUAUCAGGAUUGGUUCGUGAAGAGAUUCAACGCAGCCGUUUUCGAAAACGAACUAAAAUGGUAUGCAACAGAGCCAGAACCAGGGGCUCUAAACUACACAACAGCUGAUACAAUGUUAGAAUUCAUCCGAGCCAACCAGAUAACUGCUAGAGGCCACAACAUCUUCUGGGAGGAUCCAAAGUACACGCCGCCGUGGGUUCGAAACCUCACCGGAGCGGCCCUACAAUCGGCGGUCGAUUUGCGGAUAAAGGGGUUGUUGAGUAGAUACAGAGAUGAGUUCAUACACUGGGAUGUGAGCAAUGAAAUGCUGCAUUUUGAUUUCUAUGAGAAGGGUCUUGGUGGUAAUGCAACAUUGCAUUUCUACAAGACAGCACAUGAGAUUGAUCCAUUGGCUACACUGUUUAUGAAUGAGUUCAAUGUGGUGGAGACUUGCAGUGAUGUGAAAUCUACUGCUGAUUCUUAUAUUGAUAGGCUUAAGGAACUCAAAAGAAAUGGGGUUUCAAUGGAUGGGAUUGGUUUGGAGGGUCACUUCACUGUCCCUAACCCACCUCUAAUUAGAGCCAUCUUGGACAAAUUGGCCACUCUUAACCUUCCUGUUUGGCUCACUGAGGUUGAUAUCAGCAAAGCUUUGGAUCAAGAAACACAGGCUUCUUAUUUGGAGGCUGUGUUAAGAGAAGGCUUCACACACCCAGCCGUGGGUGGCAUUGUGCUAUGGACGGCGCUGCAUCCAAACGGCUGCUACCAAAUGUGCUUGACAGACAGCAACUUUCAAAACCUCCCAGCCGGCAACGUCGUCGACAAGCUCCUAAAAGAAUGGCGAACCGAAGAUAUCGAAGCUAAGACCGACGACCAUGGCUCCUUCAGCUUCUAUGGCUUUUUGGGUGAAUAUGAAGUUAGUGUUAAGUAUGAAAAUAGAACUGUUACUUCAACUUUCCCUGUCUCAGUUGGUGAUGAAACCAAACACUUCAGCAUUCAGUUGUAGUAAGAUUCGAUCAUCAACUUGAGUGAUCUGUGUAAUCUCCACUGGAACUUAAACAAAUCUUCAUAUUCCA